AACAGCUUGCUUUCACUUAAAUCACCUUACCAACUACUGAAAGUGCAUUGAUAUGGGUCCAUUUAAUCCAAUUAAAUUAAAUUUACAAUUUGAAUAGGUUCUUAUUGCUUAGCAGCUCUUUGCCCAUAGCUCUUGUUUAAGCUGUCCAUUUAUUUUGGAAUUGCAGAGCAACAUGGGACUAUGUAGCUAGGACAGCUUGAGUUUCGGAAAGAAAGAGAACCAUUUGUCUCACUAAGCCUGAGAAUAGUAUCGGUAUUGAUUGCUGAAUUUAAUUGAUUGCUAAUUCCAUUUAGGCACUCCUUAGAAAAUCUACUGCUCGAAUCACUUUUCAUAGUUCAAUACAUCAUUUUAGUCUUUAUGCUUGUUACUUUUUUCUCAAUAUCUGGAGAAGUGAUAUUAAGAGCAGAACAUUCUUCUCCUUCCUCCUCCUCUUCUUCCAGUGAAAAGUAAAGAGACAUGUUAAACCAACUACAAGCUUUUCAUAUUCUGAAAAAGAGUUUUAAAUAUCUUAUAUUAAGUUCACAUAAUCAGAACAUACAAUCUACGUUCAAGAUUGGCGAAUUCCUCAUAGGAAGUUAAUCUUUACUAAGCCUUUGCAAGUCAUGCUUUGAAUUUUUAUAUAAGAUGUUACUUCUGGGUUUUCUACCUUAUUAUAUGUUCCUUUUCAAAGUGUGGUUGUUUAUUGGAGGUGCUGGUAAAAUAAUGAGAGAAUUCAACUUGUGAAAACGAUUGUAACAGAUGAGUUAUUUAUCCAUUUAAUAUGUAAAUGAUAACAAUCUGGCUAAUCAAGUCCUGCCGAAGUAUAUUCUAUUUCCUUGCCUUUUUGCCUUUAUUCCUUUUAGACUAUAUAGCUCGUGCUUUGCAUCAAAGAUGAAAAUAUGCCAAGUUUGCUGUAACAUUCCAAUGUUUCUUAUGGUAAAAUGUAUAGAGUUUACAAUGGUACAAUCAUUUUAUAGAGCUAAGAAAAAUGUACGGGAACUCACUUUUGCUGAUCCAAUACAGGGCUACGCCUCUAGAGAAAGUAUCAGAUUAAAGUGAAUUCCUAAGCUCGACUUCAAGCAACGUCCAUUAGCAGUAAAACUUUGGAUAUAUAUGACUUGAUCUCAUAGAAACCAGCUUUCUAUCUACUGGGUUUUCUCCAUAUAAAUGUUGCUAUAUCCAGAGAUGAUACAUAUGCUAUAUUGCUAUUUGCAGAAAGUUCAAAGUUCAAGUCCCAAAACUGCCAAGUUUUCUGCUGCUUUAUGGGUUUCCUCUGUCUCUUCAUAUAAACAUUUAUGUAGUUGGAUAAAUGCCAUCUUGAUGUUAUUUGAUGUGUUCGACUAACCGUUUUAUAUGUUAGAUCAUUAACAAGUGAUGAUAGCAACUGUUAUAUCCACAUGUAUAUGAUAUUUGUUUUCUGAACAUGGGCUUCUUUUCACAUAUGGUCGAUCAGCAUGGAGCUAAAGAAUUUAGUGCCUCGCAUGUGUUUUUGGCUGUGAUCUAAAUGGGAAGAACUUGGAAGUUUUUAUGAAGCGACGAAAUUGAUCUAUGUGGCAGGUUCCCGCAGAUUCAUGGGAGGAAAACAAUCGAUCAACUAACUUCCAAGUUCUAUAUUAUUAAAUGCAGGGAUCUUCUUUGUCUUUUUCGCAGUUUUACUUAUUAUAGCAAAUGCUGUACAGUACUUAUAAACCAACCCCUCCCUUGAGCUCUAGAACCCUCGCAGGACUUUUGCCUCUAUCGCACCUCAUGGCAGCUUCUUCCUCCGACCGAAGCCACUACAGGUGCUGCUUUGAUACCUGGCUCACCGUACAAAGGCAAGACCUUGAAGAGCUCCUCCAUGGAGCUGCCUCCUACCCCGACGACCCCAAGAAGCUCCACGCCCUUGUCGAGAAGAACGUCCAGCACUUCGAAGAGUACAGAGAAAACCGUUCCAUGCUUGCCCAGCAGGAUGCCCCCGCCUUCCUGUGCCUGGCUUGGUGCAACACCCUGGAGAACUCGCUCCUCUGGAUUGGCGGUUGCAGGCCUAGCCUGGCUAUCAGGCUUGUUUACUCCUUAUGUGGCUCCGAGCUUGAUGCUCGUCUUGAUCAGUACCUUUCGGGCGAGAGGAAGGGCACGAUCAGUGAAGUUUCGGGCACCCAGUUGAAUCAGAUCAACAGCCUGCACAUGAAGAUUCUGAGAGAGGAAGAGCGGCUCACUUCCCGAAUGGCGAGCCUGCAGGAGGACAUAGUGGAUGAGCCGCUGGCCUCGAUUGCUAAGGAGUUGAGCCAUGUUGGGGAGCCGAGUGAGACGGCUGACAAGGUCCUGGAGGGCCACGCGUUGACCCUGGGACGGAUGCUGCUGGAAGCCGAUAACCUUAGGCUGAGUACCUUGAAGAGGCUGGUGGAGAUUCUAACAACACUGCAGGCCGUGGACCUGUUGGCCUCCUCCAAGAAGCUCCAUCUUUCAUUGCACGAGUGGGGAAAGAGGUGGAAUCGGGGAAGGUCUCCUGAUCAAGGAGAGGAAAGAGGUGGGAUCGGGGAGGUGGGAGGUCUCUUGAUCAAAGGAGAAAGAGGUCGGGCCAGUGAAGGGGGAAGGGGAAGGUCUCUUGAGCGAGGAGGUAUUUAACUCAUCUAUCGUACCACAUCAUGUUGCAUGGACAAGUGAGGAGCCUAGUCGUGUAUAGUAUAGCAACCGUCUCAUUGGUUGGCUGCACCACAUGGCAGGUUCAACGGAUACAUGAAAUGCUUGAAUACCCGAAAACAAAAAUUCAGACACCCGUCAAGCGCUCUUCUAGCGAAAUAUAUAUAUGUUCAUAUUUGCAGUUUGGUUAAGAGUUCUCUUUAUAUAAUAACUUGCAAGGAAAUAAGGAAGAAAAAAGAAAGUAAAGUAUGGUAAUAGUUCGGAAGAGGUUUGUGUUCUCA